CUAUUUAGUGCUCAUUCAUUCUUUCACUCUACCAUUCAACUAUAUAAGUGUUCAUCACCAGAUUCGGAUCUCACCAAUCCAUUUCCUUCUUCUUUGAUUUUGCUUAGUGGGCUUCCAGAAUUCAUGGACUUGCAUGAGAAGCUGUUCUUUGCAGCAUUUCUUGUUCUUUCAGUGGCCAUUGAUGAAACGCGGGCAGACACUAUGGUCACUGGGACCGUCUUCUGUGACCAAUGCAAAGACGGGCAGAGAUCCCUUUUCGAUUAUCCUGUUAAUGGUGCAAAAGUAACUCUGUCCUGUGCUGACAGUAAUGGGAAAAUCAUAAUGUCAAGAGAGGAAACAACUAAUUGGUUUGGAAGCUAUACAAUGAGGUUUGAUGGAGCACCAGAUUUGAGUAGUUGUUCUGCCCGUGUGACAGGGAGCGGGCAAGGGUCAAUGGGUUGUGGGGAAGGUGCUGGUCCUUCACAAAAUCCAAGACUAAUGUUUAGGAUGUUUGACAUGGAAAUGUAUACGGUGGAUUCUCUCAUUGCUCAGCCUCCCCAACCCAUGCAGUACUGUUCAACAUCUUCCAACCCACCACCCAAGUCUCCCCCACAGUUUAAGAUACCCCCAGUGCCAGGACUUCCACCGUUGCCACCAUUGCCGUCACUGCCACCCUUACCGCCAGUGAUUUUUGCAGAAGCUUCGGCGUGUCCAUCAGAGAAGUGGACAGUGCCAGAAUACAAAUGUUAUUGGAGAGGUGUGAAUCGGGACACAAAAGUAGCAGUAGCAUUCGGAAUGGUUGCAGCAAGAAGAUACGGAACAGACAUUACUCUGUGGAAUGCGUUGCAAGGGAGAGGAGACCCUUACAGGACUCUUCUGAGAGAAGGGGUCACUGCACUUCUUAACUCCUAUAACAGCCUUCAGUUCUCUUACCAUCCACUUGGGGUAGUCGAACAUAUGAAUUCGGCUUUAAUGGGCUCAACCAGGAGUGUCCUGCUUACUGCUCUACGCUUCAAGAGAGCCAAUUCUGGUGCUGGAAAUGUCACUUGCAAAUUCACCAUUUGCAAAUAAUUUAUACCCUUCAUCCUUCAUAGCAUGUUUGGAAAGGAUUAUUUUGAGGAAAUAAUCAGUUUUAUAUCAAAGCUUCUCCCAGAAAUCUUUUGAUUAAAACUUUAUUAACCUCAAAAUAAACCAAUUCCAAAAUGGAAAAUAGAAAAUUGAAUAUUUCUUGAGUUUUUCCUGUAUUCUAUAUUUGGAGAUUUGGUCUUGUUUUUUUUUGUACCACUAUAGCUCUUAUGGUUUUAAGCACUGCACCGUUUU